UCUCAGAGCGUGAGGAUCCUGUCUGCCUAUCGGUCUCUCUCGCUCUCUCUCCCCGCAAUACACUCGGUCAACUGGCUUAAAUAUCCGUGUCCACAGACGCGACAACAUCUGUACAUUUUCUUCCAGACUGGUCUGCAUUGUGUCUUCAGGCAUUGUAGGUCUUUUGGCUGAGAUGGGUAAAACUGGUACUGGCAGCAACAAAAGUCAGGGUAACCAGAAUGAGCAGAAGAAGCUCCAAGCAUCAGAUGGAUCAAAGAGAAAGAAGACUGUAAAGAGGAAUUCACAAGCAAACAAAGAAAACAUUCCUGAAUAUGUUCCAAGGACAAAUGGACCUAAAAGAAAGCGGGAACCCCUUCAACCCACCAGCAAUAUUUCUGAUCAUUACCCAAAAAAGAAACGAGUGGUGUCAACACAGAGGGAAUGUUAUUCCAUGUCAAAAAGGCCUCUCGGACAUUGUUUGAUCAUCAACAACUUUAACUUUGAGGGAACGUCACUUGGAAACCGGAGAGGGACAGACAAAGAUAAAGAUGAUCUCACCAGAGUGUUUCAAAACAUGUUUUUCAAAGUUGAGGUGCGGGAUGAUUUGCAAGCGUCAGAUAUGCUAACUGUGAUAAAGGAGUUUGCAGAGAGGGAUCACUCUCAGAUGGAUGCUUUUGUCUGCUGCAUCCUGUCCCAUGGAAAGAAAGGCUCUGUUCUGGGAACAGAUGGAAUACCAGUUCCGAUCAGUGAACUCACACAGCUUUUUGCUGAAUGCCGCACGCUAGUUAAAAAGCCCAAGAUUUUUUUCAUUCAAGCCUGUCAGGACAACGAGGCCCAGCAAGGUGUGCUGAUAGCAGAUGGACUAGUGAAAACUACAGAAGAAGGAACAUUUGAGCAGGGUUCUCAUACUGCAGCAUCGCACAGUGUCCAUAAAGACGCUGAUUUCCUCAUUGGAAUAGCAACAGUUGAGUCUUACAAAUCUUUCCGGCACGUAAAAGAUGGGUCCAUCUUCAUUCAGGAGCUCUGCAAACAGCUGGAAAGUGGCUGUCGAAGGAAAGAGGACAUUCACUCCAUUUUAACAAAGGUGAAUAAUAUAGUGAGCUCCAAAAUUCUUCAGGGUAGCAAGCAGAUGCCUGAGGUGCGGUACACUCUAACCAAAACACUGGUCCUGCCCAUGCAGUGAGGCUUCUGAUUGGCUGCGGCAUGACAAUCUGGCAUCCAUCUAUCUAUCCCUCCCUCCCUCACUUCUAGGGAUGGCGAAAACUAAAAAAUUUCUUGACCGACCACCGAGCCUCAUUAGCCGGUUGAACCCGGUUAACCGAUUAGUUUAAAAUAUGGUACGCUAUUUGAAAUAACAGCCAUUUCGAGCCGCGCCUGCAAUUUCGCAACUCUGUCGCAUCUCUCUGCCGCUCUGCCUCCCGCACACACACACUGCCACUCACGUCACUUUUUUAAAAUCCCCUACAGCGCGAAACAUGAGUCCCGCAAACGCGGCGCCGAAGCGCUUGUUGUAUGUAAUCGUAGGACAA